GUCAAUUUUUACAUUAUAAAUAUAAUAUAAAAAGUAAUUUAAUAAUUAAUUGAAAUGAAUUUGAUGUAUGAUAUGAUAUGCAGGAGACCUGAUAACACUCCUUCAGAAUCUCAUGGCACAACAUUUAAGAAUAAUAAUAAAUUAAAACAAAAAUAAGGUUCUUCUUCUUCUAGAAAGCCCAAUAAUAUUUCACAAAGCUAUAGAGAUAAGACUAGUUUAUUAACUCCUAUCGAUCAUGGAAAUAUAGCCAAAAACAUAUAUUUAGGUCAAAUCAGAAUCAAUCCUUAGCAAAAUACCAUUUAGCAAUAGUUUUUAUAGAAUUAAUAGAUUUAAACGAAAAUAUUUUAUAGAACAUUAUAAAAGAACGGAUAAGCGGUUUUAGCACAGUAAAACUUUUUUGAAACAGAGAUGACUCCAAAUUUAUCUAAGUCUGACUUGAAAAAUUACUCUCAAAAGCAGUAGGAGUAUUAAAUUUUUGGGACAUUUUCAGAUAAAAUGAAUAGUUAAGUUUGUACUAAUAUUAAUAAUAACUACGAUGCAAACUAUUAUAGUUCUAAUAAUUAAUAUAACAAUAACCUUAACGUUAGCGAACUUGCUAUAUAAAAUUAGAACUCUUGUUCACAGUAAAUGCAAACAUCAAAUCAGAUAGAUUAGCUCAACAAUAUAUAGGAGGAAUAAAAUAACCAGACUAUUGGUUAAAAAGAGGACUAAGAAGCCAUCUAAAAAGGUGAUCUUUACUCGGAUGUCUAGAAUUAAGAACAACUAUGUCAGAACUCUUUUAAUAGCAAUUAUAAUAUAGGUAACAAUCAGUUUAGGAUUUCAAAAUCUAAAAAUGGCUUGAGGACUCCAAAAUAAGUUACUUAAAAGUAAUAACAGCUCUCUCAGUAACAACAAAAUUAAAUAACUAUCAAGGAUUAAGCAAAAUCAAAAUCAUAACAAAAGAGUCGAGGAAAAAAGGUUUUGAAGAAUUCUACAAAUUUAUAACAAAAUUAAAAGCAAGAAAAAACUUUUGAAAUGUUGAAAGAAGCUCAAAACAGAUUAAAGAUGCUGCAGUAAAAUAGGUUUAAUAAUUAUAAUGAUUUAAAAUAGUAAAGUUUAUAUCAAAAACCUCAUCAAAAUAGUUUGAAAUAGCCUUUGAAAGAAGUUUAAAUAUCUACAGUAGAAAACUUUUCAAACGAUAAUUUCCAUUUAAAUUUAAAAUAAGAAUAAUCGUAGAAAAUUUAAAAGUUACCAUCUUGUUAUGUUUCUGCCUAAAACUAAAAUAAUUAAAAUUAACAAGUUGCUGAUUCGAGAAAGAGGGGAUCUUGUCUUGCAAAAUUAAAUACAGUUGACUAGGAUAAUUCAAUUGAACAAUCGAUUUAAGAUCCUUCUUAAAAAAAUGAUUAAAAUAGAGACUUAUAUUAGGAAAAUUAUAGAAAAGAUCAAAUCUAGGAAUUCAAAAGAAACUAAGCUUAAAACAUAUAAAAAUCUAGUUCAAAUAAUAAUAUUCCUUAAAAUGAAGAAUUUCCAUAUGAAAGCUAAGCUUAAAUCUCACUAAAUUAAUUAAGUACAAGCAAUAUAAAAACAAGCUCAAAUAUUGAAAACAACUUUUCUCAUUCUUCCUAGCACCAUUUAAAUUAAGCAAACUCCUCUAAUAUUGAUUUGUAAAAAAAUAAAAAUUAAACUGACUAAUCAAGAUUGCUUAAUUGUCCUAGAAAACCUGUUUAUCUAAGUGAUGAAGAUAAAAAAAUAUAUGGGGACAGAUUCUUAGACGGCUAUCAGAAGCUUAGUCUUUUGGGAAAAGGAGGCUUUGCUUUGGUUUGGCUGGCAAAAUAAUACAAGACAGGAAUAAGCUUUGCAGUAAAGUAGAUAUGUAAAUAAAAUGGAAGUGAUUCUCACAUGAGAGAAAUGAGAAUUAAUUAAUAGUUUUAUGACCUUGAAGGUGAAGUUAAAGAAUAUUUCCACUAAUUCGAAGGAAUCAACAACUUUUUGAAGUGCUAUGAGAUAAGACAUACAUAAAGAGAUAUCUUUAUAGUUUAUGAGCUAGGAGGAGGUUCUCUUAGUAGCAUUUUGUAUGAAAUUAAGGGAGAAUUCUAUAAAAAUGAAAGAGUUUAUAAAAUAAAUUUUACAGAAUUGCAUGAUAAAUUAUUUUAAACAAAAAGUAAUAAUUUGUUAAGAUCGUUAAUGAGGCACUUCUUCAAUGCUCUCGAUUUGCUACAGAAUCAAAAAAUUGUUCAUUGUGAUGUAAAACCAGAAAAUAUUUUAGUUGAAUUAGAUCAAAGCGAAGCUUCUUUUUAAAAAGUUCACUUGAUAGAUUUCGGAAGCUGUUUUUCUUUUAAGGAUGUAGGGUCAAUUGGAAUGGCUACUCCUGAAUAUCUUGCUCCUGAAAUGUUAGAGCUGUUUGCAUAAAGAUUCAACAUAAAUAAUCAGGUUUCUUAAAUUGAGCAGCUUGCUAAAAUAGCUAAUCCGUGGUCUGUAGAUAUGUGGAGUAUGGGAGCAGUUAUGCUAGAAGUCUUAACAGGUUUGCCACAUUGGCUAGCAUAUAAAUGCAGAGUGGUAGAUAAGUAAGGCAAGAGUAAUUUAAAAUAUGGUUUAUUCUGUACAAAAGGCUAAGACUAUGAAAAAAUAAUAUAAAAACAGUAAUAAUUCUGUGAUAACUUCAGUAAUAAUGUUAAAGAAAUAACUAAAUAGUUUGAUUGCUAAGUAACAGCCAAAAAAUUUUAAGAUUUACUCAAAAAAAUGAUGAAAUUUAAUUCUAUAGAAAGAAUUUCUCCUCAAUAAGCCCUUUAGCACCCAUUUUUUUCUUAAUAAAACACAAUCGGAGACUUUUGUAGCACAGAUAACUGA